GAUGACGAUGACGCUCGCACCACCGAGCUGGAAACGCUCGAGGCCAUUUAUCCCGAGCUUCGUCGCCCAGAUGGCUGUGGAUUCGCCUUUGAACUCGAGCUGCCCGUGGAACCGGCUGCUCCCGUAACCGUGACGUUUCCUGCCGCUGCUCCGUCUGACCAGGCUCUCAACGGCUCGGCGUCUGAUGCGCCGGCUUUGGUAGACUCUUUGCAAGUCUCUCACCUACCUCCUCUUACCAUGCACAUCACGCUUCCGGAUGGCUAUCCCGCAGAAUGCGCGCCCCUGGUCAAGAUCUCAACCACUCCUCAAUGGCUCUCGGCCGAGAUGCUUGCUCGGCUUGCGGGAGAAGCACCUCAACUGUGGGAAGAGAUGGGACGGGACCUGGUGGCCUACACUUAUAUCGAUCACAUUCAGCGGGCUGCUGACGACGUAUUUGGAGCCAUCACUGCCGAGGGGACUCUCCAGGUCGACCCUGAGCAUAAGCUCGCUGUGCUGGACUACGAUAUCAAAGCCAAGAAGGCGGCGUUUGAUAAAGAGACGUUCAACUGUGGUAUCUGCUUAGAUCCUAAGAAAGGAUCAAAGUGCCACAAGAUGCUUGACUGCACUCACAUUUUCUGCUUGCAAUGUCUCCAGGACUUCUACAAUGACGCCAUCAAAGAAGGCAAUUUGUCGACUGUUCGCUGUCUGGCGCCCAACUGUGCCAAAGACCGUUCCACCGCCGCAAACGCUGCGGGAGAAAAGGGACGCAAGCCAAAGACCUUCAUCAGUCCCAGCGAGCUGCUGCAGAUUGGCCUUUCUGAGGAUAUGGUGAAGCGUUAUGUUGAUCUCAAGUAUAAAACGGAGCUCGAAUCUGAUAAAAACACCAUCUACUGCCCUCGACAGUGGUGCAACGGAGCUGCACGCUCCAAAAAGCACAAGAAACCUUCAGGACUCGAAUUUGAAGAAACUUCAGAUGCCGAGUCUGAUCAAGAUGAAAAGAGUGAAGCCAACGGAAAGGGCAAGAAAGCGGCAGACAAAUUCAACCGCGGCGACCUCUUGUCUGUCUGUGAGGAUUGUGGAUUUGCCUUUUGCAGUAGAUGCUUUCAGUCAUGGCAUGGAGAAUUCUUCCAAUGCGCGCCCAGGCGCCAGGACGGCGAGCUUACCGAGGACGAGAAGGCUUCUCUCGAGUAUCUCAAGCUGCAUACGAGUCCCUGCCCAACCUGCAACGCUCCGGCACAAAAGACUCACGGCUGUAACCAUAUGAUUUGCUCGCGAUGCGACACACACUUUUGUUACCUAUGCUCCUGUUGGCUGGAUCCAGGGAAUCCAUAUCGACAUUACAACCAACAAGAAGAUGGCAAGGUUACAUCAUGCUAUAUGCGCCUGUGGGAGCUGGAAGGUGGAGAUGGGGAUGACGUCGGCAUUGGAUUUGUUGGCGGACGAGGUGCUGCGGUAAACAAUGAUGCUAAUGAAGCUGUGCCUGAAGAUCAAGAGGCUCUGGACUUGAUUGGCGUCGCUGUCGAAGAGGUGGAUGACGAAAUCGACGAAAAUGCCAAUGCUAAUGCCAAUGUGCCGGUGCAGCUUGAUGAGCACGGCCAGAGAGUUGCAGUGGCUCGCGAGGCUCCCCUUGUUCUACGACUGAUGGACAAUCCAGUCAAUAACGCCAACAAUAACAAUAACAAUAUCAAUAUCAAUAUCAAUAUCAAUCAGGGGCGUGGGGGGCAUCAGGGUGCAAACAACCAACCAGCCAGAGCUCGCGGUGGAGGAGCAGGACGAGGACGUGGUGCGGCACAUGGUCCGAACCCUCGUGGAGGCCAAGCUGCCAACAAUAAUGCUAGAGGUCAUCCUGCUAACCGUGCAAGGGACCCCAAUAACAACAACAAUAACAAUCCGGAGGUGCUGAAUGCUGAUCAGGAGGCGUGGGUCCGACACUUUGUUCAGAUGGCACUCAUUGAUGCUGAAGAUGAGGUUGACGGUGACGAUUCAGACCUAGAUGAAAACAUUUGGCGUUUUCGGUGA